AUGGAGUUAAACAAUCAAAAUUUGGUGUCUGUUUUGACUUUUGCAAGUAAAUCAGAAAGAAGUUUAGAACAACAGAAUGCAGAGGCUCAAUUGAAGAAUUGGGAAAUUGUUCCUGGAUACCAUUAUUUAUUACAAGAAGUGUAUUUGAACACCGAGCUACCUUUACAAAUCCGUUGGUUGGCGAUAAUUUGUUUCAAAAAUGGUGUUGAUAAAUAUUGGAAGAGUUCACGAAACAACUCUAUUCAAAAACAGGAAAAACAACAAAUAAUUGCAAAAAGUAUGGAUUUGAUAAAUGAAAAGAAUAACCAAUUGAUGUUACAAAAUGCAUAUUCGAUUUCAAAAAUUGCCCGAUUUGACUUCCCCCUGGAUUGGCCAAAUUUGUUUGAUGAUAUAAUUAGCAGUUUGGAGAAAUACGUUUUUGUUGAGAAUAAUCUCGUGGCCACAAAUAAUAUGUUGAUUAUUUUGAAUCGGAUUAUAAAAACAUUGUCGACAGUUAAAAUUGGAAGAGCACGCCAUGCUAUGCAAGCAAAGGCACCAAUUGUUGUCAAUGUCUUGGUCAAAUUGUAUUCAAAGUUCUUCACUAUGUGGACAUCAAAUUUGGAUUUCACUAUAAUGCAGAUCUGUUAUUUGUGCUUGAAAAAUUUGAGGCGAAUUAUACCUGAAGGUUUUGAGCAACCACACAAGGACCACGACAUUGUUGAAUUUUUAAACAAUACAAUUGACCAUUUGCAAAUGAUAGUGCUGGAACAUGAUAAAUUUAACACAGAUUUGUUGGAACGGUAUGUCAAGUGCUAUAGCAAGCUAUACGUAUCAUUGAUCAAAACAAACCCCACUAGCUUUAUAUUGUUGCCUUGUUGUGAAAAAAUACUCACAACAUUUCUUUCGAUAUUAGAGCAAAAAGCUGAAGUGAUCUACAAUUCAUCUGAAGAAAACGAUUUUUGGGAAAUUUUGGCUUUGCGGAGUUUUAGUAUAUUGAAGAAAGUUUUGGCAUAUAUUUAUAGAGCCGGCGCGGUCACUUUAAAACAAAAAAACGACAAAAUGGAAGUUCAGACAGCUAGAAACAAAUUAUCUGGUCAUUUUUUCACUCCUGAUUUAAUUCAGAACCUUUGCGACCUUGUAAUAAAUUGGUACCUUCGAUUGAAGCCAUCGGAUUUGGAAAGUUGGUUGCUUGACCCAGAAGAAUGGUGUAAUGAAGAGUUUUCAUCUAGUUGGGAGUAUCAAAUCCGUCCUUGUGCAGAAAACUUUUAUCAAGAUUUGAUUAAAUAUUUUCCAGACUUCCUAGCUGAGUUUGUUUUGAAUAAGAUUAGCACUGGAUUGAUGGAAAAUGCGUCUGUUGACAAGAUCUUGAUCAGAGACUCUAUAUUGUGUACUUUCCAACUUUCGGGGCACGCCAUUAGUGAUCAUGUGAAUUUUGAUAAUUUGUUGGAAACCGUUUUUAUACCAGAAGGGUUGAAGAAUGACUUAGUUGAAAACAAGAUCUUAAAACGAAGAGUUUGCUUAAUUAUUUCAGAAUGGGUCAGUAUCCAAUGUUCAAGAGAACUGAGAGUAUCCAUCUACAAGUUAUUGUUAAAUUUCUUACAACCAACAAAUAAGAUCAAUGAUAAGAUUGUCAAGAUUUCAGCUGUUCAAGCAUUGUGUGCUGUUGUAGACGAUUGGGAUUUCAGCAAAACUGAUUUUCAACCGUUUUUAAAUGAUUUUGUUAAGUUGAUUAUUGGGUUGCUUGAUGAAUUCAAGUUUACAGAAUCCAAAUUAUACAUGCUAAACACAUUGUCUAAAGUCAUUGAAAAGUGUAACCCAUUGGUUGAUUAUCAAACGUUGCUUGAUAUUUUGCAAAUCAUUCCUCCAAAUUGGGAAACUACUGAAAACGAGCAGAUCAUCAAGACGUCAUUAUUGAGGUUAUUGAGAAGUUUGGUUGUAUCGUUAAAUGAGAAUUCUAUAGAAACACACCAGAUUGCCAUUCCUCUCAUCAGGGCAUGUUGUUCUGAAAAUCUGGAUAUUUAUUUGCUUGUCUCUGAGGAUGGAUAUGAUUUAUGGCUAGCCUUGUUGCAAUUUUGUCCUGUCACACAGAAUUUGAAUUCAGAGUUGGUGGAAUUGUUUCAAUUGAUCCCAGUUGGAUUAAGAAACUCAACUGAGAUUCUUCCAACAAUCAUGUCAAUUAUCAGAAGUUAUGCCUUGUAUGCCCCAGCUGUAUUUUCUGAAGAUUUGGCGUCAGAAAUAUUCCAAGUUAUUGGGGACUAUCUAAGUAAAAUGAGAGAUGAUGCGUAUGCCAUUUUUAUUGUGUUGAUGGAUAUAUUGUUGAUCAAUCCAAGAGACGAGAUGAUAGAUAGAAUUGUUUCAAGUGGUCUAUUCAACUCCAUGGUUCGCUAUGUGUUGGAUGAUAACAUGAGCAACUUUUUAAUUGCUAGAAUGUAUUUAUUGUUUUCAAGAAUUGCCGUGAGAGAGUAUUUUCUUAAAAUUUUAGAUGUCACUUCUGUUGACUUGAAAUUGUUUUUUGAGAGAUGGUUAGAGUAUUACAACCACAAUGGGAACCCAAGAAACAAAAAGAUUAAUUUGUUGGGGUUGCUUUCUGUUUUGUCUUAUUCCGUUCCGCAAAGAAUAGAGGUGUUGUGGGAGUUGUCUCCCAAGAUAAUUAAAAACACUUUGUUCUUCUUGGAAGAAGUAAAUGAAGAUGCAAGUGGACGAUGUGAUUCAUACAAUUCCAACUUGAUUUAUGAUGAUAUUGAUGAUUAUUCUUAUUUGGACCCUGAUAUCAAAGCAAACGGUGAAAAAUUGAGAUACCAUGCAUUAUUAGAUCAGUUUGAUCGGGUUUAUUCUGUGAAUCUUUUACUGCUUUUAAAGGAAUGUAUGAGUGGUUUGAGACAACAGUUGGGUGAUGCCGAUUUCAACAAUUUUAUUCAAUUGAAUGACAGUUACACCGUCGAAAAAUUAAGAGAGAUAAUGUAA